AUGAUCAUCGAGGCGAGGGAGUGCUCCGAGGCGAUCGUGGCCGCGCGCCUGUGCCGCGGGGAGGAUGGCUCCGAGGCCGGCCACUGGAGGCUGGACCACUUUGACUACCACGUGCAGGGCGACGCGAGGAACUACCGGCCGACGCUGCUCUGCCUCCGCGCCAUCCAGGAGACGAAGCACGCGGAGACGCCGCCGUGGCCCCACCUGGCGGGCCGCCCGCCCGGGCUGCGGCCCCAGGCCCUGCCCACGCCGCGCCGGGCGCACAACGGCGCGCUCGGCCUGCCGCGCCUGGGCUCCGCCCAGGUGGACUCCGUGUCGGCCCUGUCCAGCGUGUCCAAGGAGGACAGGGAACAGACCGCGCGCUCGAAGAAGCAGUCCCGCCAGUCUCGCGGCGGCUCGUUCAGCGCGCCGCGCAAGAGGAGCUCCAUCGGAGCGCACACCGCGUAG